ACACCUUUUAAGAUAUAUUUUAUUUUAUUUUUAAAAUUAAGUUCUAGUCAUGUUACAGUAUAAAAAUAUAUAUUAAAUUUUUUUAUUUACCUAGAUGUGUGUUUUAAGUUGCAGAAAAAAAUAUUUAUUAAUAGUAAAUAAUUAAAAGAACAUUUAAAUUAAUGAAAAAAUAAUUUAUUUAUUUAUUUCACUUGCUGAAAAAAUUUACAAUAUUGUUUUAUAAAAGAUUAAAAUAAUACUGAUUGAUAUUAUAAUUUUACAACCGGACAGUGGAUUAUCGAUCAGUAGUAGAAUCAAAAGUUAACUGAUGAAAACGACAGUUGUUUGAAGACUGUUGCGCAGUUUAGAGCCAAUAAAAAAAAAAAUAUUAAUCAACUAAAAAAUAAAUUUUGAUUAUUUAAAAAUGAAUAUAAAAUACACAAUAUAAAUAAAUCAAAAAAAAAAAAAUAAAACUAUUAAUUAUUUUAUUCUAAAUAUAAUUGAAUAAUAUUUCAUGAAAAAAAAAAAAGUAUAUAUUCUAAAAUAAUUUACAAGAAAUUUUGAUGAUCUAAAAAGGGCACGACCUAAAGAUUACAAAUAAGAUAAUAAAUUACAAAAUAAAACUUGUAAAAAAUGAAUGGAAAACAAGCUGAACGUAAACUAGCAAUAUUUUAUUUAUCAUCAUUAAUAUUAUCAUCAAUAUCAACAAUUUUUUUUACAAUAAUAUGGAAAUACUGGUCAGAAACUUUAAAUGAUUGUAUAGAAAUUGAUUGUGGAUGUAUAUUAUACAGUGUAAAUAGUUAUAAAAAUUUUCGUGGACGUGAUGUUAGUUUUUGUAAAUAUCCAAUUUACAGUUUGAUUCCAUCAAUGACUGUUGGAUUGAUACUUGGUGUUUAUCAUGCUUACAGAAGUUUUAUACAUAGAAAUUUAGAUGAUCCACAAAUAAGCCAAGUUGUUGGUGAAAUUGAUGGUGAUAAUUGUGGCAAUGUAUUUAUUGUUGGUCCUAAAAAACGAUCACCAUGUAGAGUUUGGUGGAUACCUGGUUUUUUAGCAGCAAUUAUUUGUCUCAUUUCAUUGGCACAUGCUUAUUUUAUCUUGGAUGGGUAUUAUCAAACUUGUGAUGAAUAUAGAAAAUAUAUUAUUCAAACUCUUGGUUCAACUGGACGUGAAGUACAGGCAAUUCAUAAUCGUUUAAGUUGCAAUGCAAUAUUUGAUUAUAUGGAUUAUUUACAUCCAGAUAAUUAUUAUUGGAGAAGAGGAGUUGAAAUUUAUACUGGUUAUUUUUUUCAAAUUACCAUUGUAACAUCUUGGCUUAAUUUUUUAUCAUGGAUUAUUAUUUUUGUCAUUAAUAUUCACAUGGCUAGACAAAAAAAAAAUAAAUUUAGAACAUAAAUUAUUAUAUUUUUAAAUGUUUUAUUUAUAAUACAUUUAUUUUUUCUUUUUAUACAUAGAAUAUACAUUUAAAUUAUAUUUUUUAUUUACACUAUUGACUCAUACAAAGAGCAAUACAAACUACAAUAGUAUAAUAGAAAAAAUACUUGAUUAAAAUUCAUUAAUCACUUUGAAUUAAUUAAAUCAUUAACUCAAAUUAUUUUUAUAUAUAUUUUUAUCUUUUAUUUUUCAUAAUAAAUCUACUUAUGCACAUUGCAAAACCUCAUAUAAACUAUAAAAAAAAAAUACAAAUCAACAACCAAAUAUUUAUACAAUAAUAAUUAUUUUUUGUACAAUUGUUUUUUAUAUUUUAAAAUACAUAUUUCAUUGAAACAAAAAAAUUAAUUUCUUUUUUUUUAUACACUGUUUUGUUUUAUAUAUAAAAAAAAAAAAUUCGAAAUAUCAUAACUAUUUAGCUCCAAAAUUCUAAGGCCAUUAAUUUUUUUUCUUUAAAUAAUAUAUAUCAAAAAUGAUGAUAUUGUAUAAAUUUAUUUAUAUCAUAAACUGCGCCUUUAUUUAAUGAUUAAUUAAUUAUUUUUUAAUGUAUUUUAUGAAUUCAAAAUCAAUAAAAAAAUUAAAAUAAAUGCGAAAUUUUUAAUUUUUAAUUUUUUCAUAUUAACAACUAUUUGUUUGAGUACUGGUAUUUCACUUAAGUAUACUUUGUUAACGAUAUACGAUUAAUUUAUAAUAAAUAAUUUGCGAUUCAUUAAAAAGAAAUCAGAAAAAAAAAA